AUGAAACAGUUAUGUCUUAUACGUAAUAAAGAAAGCCCUGUGAACUCGGGACAUAACAAAAUGUUAACAUUAGAUUGGAAUGAUCAUCAAUUACUUAUGAAAUUCUAUGAAUUAAAACCUGACGAAGAACUAAUUCAAUUAGCUCAACAUAUUUGGCAAGUAACAGCCGAUGAAUUCAAAACAAAAGAACAGCAAGAAAUACUUCGACAACGUAUUUAUUUAAAACGAUUACCCACAAAAACAGAUCAAAUGGUAAAUCAACUACUUGAUGAUACUCAAAAAACACUUUCCAAUCCUUUUCUUGAUCAAGAUCAACGUUCAAGUUUUGCAUCGCGUUGUUCGAAAACAAUUAUACAAUGUAAAUUUAAUUUAAUGAUCGUAGAAUUGGACGAACUUUCAAUUGUCAUGCAUCGUUAUGAUCUAACAUUGGCUAAUUUAAAUGAAAAAUUAUCAAAACUUAAUGAAGAAAAUUCACAUAUUUAUACAACUGCCUUGGUCAAUAUCAUUGAAGAACGUCAACAAGCCAUGAUACAACGAUUUAUUCGAAUGCGUCAACAUAAAUUGAAGACUUUUUUCGACCAAGCUCCGAUGAUAGACAACAACUAA